AUGAAAAUACUACCCCAGAGAGGAGAAAUAUCUUCCUGAAGAUGAGGAACCCGAGUGUACAGAUGAUGUGACUUGUCCAAGGUCACACAGUAAGAGCCCCUCUGGGCCCUCCAGGGACAUUUCAUCGAGACAAAAUAUCCAGCAGGUCCUACCAAACUAGAAAGAGGUCAAAUACUGGCCUGGUGAUGCAUCCAUUGAAUGAGCAAGACCUUAGAGAUUAAGGCACAAAUACUAACAUUUCUCCAUCAAGUGGCCGCCUCUUCCUCUGGGGUAUCAACUGAGACAUCUGAUGAGAAGGCUCUAUCAGCCUUCCAGGAAGAAGCCCCAAAAUAUGCACAUUGUGGCAAAGGAAAUGAUGUCAGAGGAAGGAUGGGAAGAAAAAGGCCGUCAUGAAUGAUAAGAAAGCCAUGGAGGAUAAAAUAGUGCCACGGCCAGAAGGGGAUUUCCACACCUGCACAGAGGCACACACUUUUAAUAAAGGAUAUUUUUCUUCCUUUAACUUUCAUUUUUAAGCAAUCAUUUUUUUUUGGACUUGAACUAAGGGCAUGGUGCUGGAGAAACUGCAAGCUUCAGUUAAGCAGUGUCCACCAGUGAACAUCGGAACAAAGCCCAAACAAGCAGCAUCCAGCAAAGUCCAACAGCAUCCAGUAAAGACUUCUUCAAGCCCAAGAUCAGUGGAAGGAGCACAAAAACGAACAGAUCAGCAUGCUUUUGGAGAGGUACUUGGAUCUUUCAAAAUGGGUGAACCUCAGCAAGUAAGUGCACUCCCUCCACCACCAAUGCAGUACAUCAAGGAAUAUACAGAUGAAAACAUCCGGAAAGGUCUAGCUCCUAAGCCUCCACCUCCAAUAAAAGACAGUUAUAUGAUGUUUGGCAAUCAGUUCCAGUGUGAUGACCUCAUCAUCCGCCCUUUGGAAAGUCAGGGCAUUGAACGACUUCAUCCUAUGCAGUUUGAUCAUAAGAAAGAAUUAAGAAAACUCAAUAUGUCUAUCCUUAUUAACUUUUUAGAUCUUUUAGAUAUCUUGAUUAGGAGUCCUGGAAGCAUAAAACGUGAGGAAAAGUUGGAAGACCUAAAGCUGCUUUUUGUCCAUGUGCAUCAUCUCAUAAAUGAAUAUCGACCCCACCAAGCAAGGGAGACACUCAGAGUUAUGAUGGAGGUGCAGAAAAGGCAACGCCUUGAAACAGCUGAAAGGUUUCAGAAGCACCUGGAACGAGUUAUUGAAAUGAUCCAGAACUGUCUGGCUUCUUUGCCUGAUGAUUUGCCCCAUACAGAAGGAGGAAUGAGGUUAAAAACAGAGCCUAUGGAUACUGAUGACAGCAAAAAUUGUGUUGGACAAAAUGAACAUCGAGAGAAUUCUAGUCACAGAAGAGACCAGAUUAUAGAGAAAGAUGCUGCUUUGUGUAUCUUAAUUGAUGAAAUGAAUGAAAGGCCAUGAAGUCUUUUAAAAAUUUGUUGUACAAACUUUGGGGGGGGGAUGGGGUGGGGAUGGGCAGGGUUAUGUAGCCAAAAAUUGUAUGACAUUGUCUUGCUUGACACUCUCGAAACUUGUAUAGAAAUAUAAACUUGCCUGAUCAUGAAAUUAUGCAUUUAAAAGGUAGAAAUUUAUUUUUCAAACAUAAGUUCUUAAUUGAAC